GCUGCUUUUAUUUCGCGCGCAUUUUCAUGCUGAAACAUUGUGAAAAUUUGUUUUGUUUAUUUCGCAAUUAAAUUGAUUGUUAUUCACAAGUGAUAAGUGCAUUUCGAGAUGUCGGUUCUGCUGGCGGACAUAGAUGCCACAUGUGCGGCCUUGGGCUACAGUGAUGGCCAGAAAUAUCAGGCAGAACCCGAUGCCGCCGAAAGUCUUAAGCACCUGAUUUGGAUACUGCGUCGGGAUCUGGACAACCACGAAUAUCGCCGCCAUUUGGGAAGGUCCAAGGUGCUCCAGACGGACUUGGUUUACAUGCUACCGGACUAUGUGCACCACGAGGAGCUGUCCGACUUGCUCAUCCGCCUACUGGUCAUCCUGACCAACCCCACUCUGCUGCUCUACAGGGACGGUGCUCCCAAGGACAAUCACGGCAGGAAGGUGUUCAUGGAGCUCAUUGACAUAUUGCAGGGCUACAAAGCAGCCUUUGCAAGGGACAAAGUAUGGAACUCCCUCUUCGAGAAACUCAAGCAGGCCCUGGAAAUAGACUUUGCAAUUCGCAGCGAGGAGCAGAAUCUGCUGAUUGAGCGCAUCCUGGUCCUGGUGCGGAAUGUCCUGCAGGUGCCAGCGAAUCCGGAGGCUGAGUGCCGGGCGGACAACGAUGCCAGUCUCCAUGAUCAGGUCAUUUGGGCCCUGCACAUAACUGGAAUGCUGGACCUGGUGCUAUUUGUGAUCUCUUCGCCGGAUGAGGAGCAGUUUCAUCUGCACGGACUGGAAAUCGUGUGCCUGCUGUUCAGGGAACAGAGUGCUGAAUCCCUGGCAGAUGCUUCACUGCAGCGCAGUCUCAGCGAGAAGCAGCGGGAUCAGCAGGAGCUCCUGGCUGCUCGACGCCGGGAGCGAGCUCGCCGCCAGGCUCGUCCUCCGCCGGGACGACAUUCCCGCUUCGGCGGAACCUACGUCAUUAGGAACAUGAAGUCCGUCUCCGAUCGGGACGUGAUCUGCCACCAGGCGCUGGAGCGGGUCUCUUCGAUCGACUUCGACCGGGAGAAGGAGCAGCAGAAGCGCUCGCAUCGCCACAUCAAGGAGGAGGCGCAGGUGACCCGCCGCAGUGCGUUCACCGUGAGAUUGUGCCUGCGCGAGUACUGCAUCGAGGUGCUGCGCUCCGCUUACAACACACUGGUGAGGCAGGUGCGUCGGGUCCUGGAACGCAACGCCGGCUCGUCGAGUCACGAUGACUCCUAUCUAUUGUGGGCCAUACGAUUUUUCAUGGAGUUCAAUCGUUUGAGUGGUCUACAAUUGCAGUUAGUCAGCGAAUCGUUGAGCGUGCAAUGCUUCCACUGGGUCCUGACGCGCAUGCAACAUGACAUGGACAUGAUUGUGAGCGACAAGAAACAGGCGCGUCUCUGGGCCAAGCGACUGCAUGUAGCCCUUUUGACAUUCCGGGAAUUGCUUCAAAGCCUGCUGGCACUGCAAAAGCUGAAGGAUGACAACAACGCGCGGGCCCUUUUCGAUAUGUUAUUGAACAACGUGUGCUAUGUACUGGAGUAUCGGGAGACAGUGCUGCAUUUGUUAAUGAACUACAAUGAGGCGCACAGCACAAAGGUUUUCCUUCGCGAUGUGGUGGAAACGGCCAACGUUUUCAUUAAAAUGAUGGAGCGCUUCUGCCAGGACUCUGUGGUGGUGCAGGACAAGCGGCGCGGUGGUGGCGGGGGUCGCAAGAAGAAGCAGCCGGCGACCAAUUCCAAACCGUCAACUGCACCACAACCCACUGAGGAAGAAUUGUCGAGCAAAUGGGCUGAAAUGGCAACGGAAGUGUGCAGCCUGCUGUCCACAGAAUUGGAAAUGCCUGAGGACGAGCAGCCGGUGCCCUUCGAUGCUGCAUCCGAGAAACCCAUCGAUGAUCAGCGCGAGGAUUGCAUGAUUCGCAUAAAUAAACUGCUGCGUUCCGAGAAUCUGGACCAGGCCAUCGCCCUUCUGCGGGCCGCCAGGGAAGUUUGGCCGGAGAACGAAGUGUUCGGUGCAAUUUCCGCUGCACCGGAAGACGAGCUGCUGCUGCUGCGUGAGAUUUUCAUGUACAACAUUACAACAGUUGAGCCCGAGGAGAAGGGAAAUCAAAACGAGGUCGAGCAGGACGAAGACGACGACGAUGACUUGGAUAACGAGGAAUUCGAAGAGCAGGAUAAUAGACUCACCGAGAAAACGUUCAAAUUUGAUGAUUUCGCUCGCAGAUUGCUGAAUCCGAAAAUCGUUCGCGCCUGCACAUUAGUGUUAUCAGACUGGGCAGAUAUACCGACCCGAUCUUUGAAAGCGGCAGUAACUAUUCUACAUCGCAUCGCCUACGGCUGCAAGUGUUCGGGAAUGCUUUUCCAGGCCAAGCUGUUUCGCAUCUUUCAACAAGUCUUCAGCGUGGAACGUGACGUCCAUCAGGAGGAGCUGCGUCGCCUGGCCAUCUUCGUAGUCCGCAAAUUUGUCGAGGUGGCCCCGACUAAUCCCAAAAUCUAUGCAGAGUUAUUAUUUUACAAAGGCAUCAGGGAGGCAAAUGAGCUGGAGUCGGGCUAUUGUGACGCCUAUGAAGCCGGCACCAAAGGAACCUGGACCGAGGAACAGGAGUCGGAGCUGCGAUUCCUCUUCGAGGAGAACCAACGCAAUCCCGAAACCGAUAAGGAUGUGAUUGAUUGGAUUCUGGACAAUUUGGCCGACAAGACGCGCAAUCGUCGGACUGUCCUGAAGAAGCUAAAGGAAUUGGGCCUGCAGUUCAAGGCGCCUACCAAACGUUCGACCAAGGCAGCCCAGGGCGGCAAAAACCUCUGGCAGCCGGAAGAGGAUGAGGAGCUAAGGAGCUUAUACGAUCAGCAUCGCAUUGAGCCGGACUGCCUGGAGCGUAUUGUCCAUGAGUUCGAGGAGCGGCGGUCCAAGCAGCAGAUCAUCAAGCGGAUGUUGCAGAUACACCUGAUAGCGGACAAGUCAGAGAUUCUGCCCGCCAAAACCGGCAAGGGGCGUGGUAAGGCUAAGGGGAAGCAGCCGGAAAUCGGUGGUGAUGGCGAUGAGUAUGACUUCGCGGAGGAGCCCAUGUUUGAGGAGGAGGGAUACAGGAAGCCCAAGACCAAGCCCAAGCCCAAAAAAGUCAAGAAACGUCAGGUGGUGCGCACACCCUUGGAUGUGGGCACUGUAAAAGCCCUAAUCGGUCAGGUGAAUGCCGAGAAGUACCAAUCUGCCAUCGAAUGGCUGCAGGAAUGUCUGCAAGAUGCCAGCGAGGAUACGGAGGAACCAGCAGAGGAAGACGAUGGCGUUCCACUGUUGCCUUUGAUGCAGGACCAGAAGGAUGCCAUGGAGGAUGGUGAUUUCCAAAAGGUCCUGGUCGCAUUGGGAAUGCAGCCACCAAUGGCGGGAAUGGAAAACUACUGGCGCAUUCCCACAUAUCUAAAUCCAGCUGACCUCCAAGUGCGAUCUAAAAUUUUGUUGGGAGAAGAGGUUGAUAUGAAAUCAGAAGACGAGGGCUCAGAGAAUGAUGAGGAUGACGAGCAGAAAGAAGAAAGUGAGGAAGAGGAGGACUUUCUAGAAAAACAAAGCAGGCAGCGACAGGAAAACAUAUUAGCCGAGCAGCAACGAAAACUAGACAGCCUGAUGUUUAACCAAAGCGAUGAAGAAAACGAGCAGCGUGUGCCGCCCAAAAGCAAGGACAAACCCAAGGCCAGCGAAAAGAAGGCCAAGCGAAAGGUCAAAAACAAAGCCAAGGAGUCAAAGGACUUCGGUGACGAUGGGGAAGACAAAACAGGGCAGCAGAAACCCAACACGGAUGAUUUAUUUGACCACUUGAGAGCCAAGCGUGCCUCUAAAAUCAAGCUGAGCGAUAUGGUUCUAAAUGAGUCAACAAAGGCCGCUCAAGAGGCGGACGAUGAUGCAUUUAACUUCAACUCGGAGGACUAUCGUGCCCGUCUCCUCGAACUGGAGGACGAGGAGCAGCAGGACGAGGAUGGCGGUGCCAAUGUGGAUAAGGAGAACAAUACCAAUAAGUCCAUGCAGCGUGCACGUCGCGUUAAUGUAAUUGACUCGGACAGCGACAACGAUGAUGAUGGCGCCUUGCCCGCCAACAAGACAAACAAACGCCCACGCAGCGACGACGAUCGGGAGAAUGGGGACGAGGAUGCUGGCCACAUGGAUGCCGAGGAGGAACAGCGACGAGGAGGCCAACUUUCUGGCUCGCAAAAAACCGGCAAAAGUCGAUGGGGAGCCAGCCAAGCGGCGACGGUUGGCCAUCAUCGAUGACGAUGAUGAGGAUGAUUUUUAAUGCAUUCCCGUUCUGCUUUUGAUUUUAUAGCUCACCGGAAUUGAAGCUCGAAUAAAUGUAACUUUCAAUUUGCA